AUGAUUGAUAGCACAAUUGUUGAGCGAGUGGGGCGGCGACUCGCACCAGAUGACAAGAUAAAGAGUGGGAACAAGAAGUUCAAAGAGUUCAUGGAAAACGACCAUUUCAAACUCCUCUUCAAGAAGAACUGUGAAGAUAAGCUUCUUUCACUCAAACAAGAAGAUACUUACUACAAAAAGUACAAGAAACCCGAUAUCCAGCAGAUCGGCGGGCAAAUAGAAGAGAACCUAAAUCCCAGACAGAAUUCUGAUGAGCCCGAGUCUUCAGUUAUUCAAGAAAGAAUCUCCAAGCUAGAAUUCCUUUUCAAAAAGGUCUCUAUUGCCAAAGGUGCCGGCCCUGACAUUACUCUAUCUACUCCCAAGCAAGUCUAA